AUGGAGUCAUCAUCCAAGGUCAGAAGAUCAACUCCUACCAUCACCAUCCAACCCAAUGAAACCAUAUUGACAGCAAUUCCUUUUGGGCCUCAGAGCUCUCUGCUGGAAUUCUUGAAGGGAGAGCCAAAAGUCUUGGGGGUCAUCCAGAUCCUGCUCGGCCUGGUCAUGGUGGCCAUCGGAAUUAUAUUUCUGUUCAAUUUCUUCAGUUUCUCCCAUAAAUUUCCUCUUGUCUUCAUCACAGGAUAUCCAUUCUGGGGAGCACUGAUUUUCAUCCUUGCAGGACACCUCUUAGGAAACAGUAAGAUGGACAAAUGUGUGAGACAUUGUACCAUUCCCAUGAGCAUCAUCAGUUCGUUGACAGCGGUAGCUGGCAUCGUUUUAACCAUUAUCAGCUACAAGUAUCAGCACAUGUACUGCCAGCAACCAUCCCUGGAUGGAAUAUGUGUGAUGGGGAGGAGUCUGUUCAAUGGAAUUUUGUCGGUCUUACUGAUCAUCAGCAUCGUGGAGCUCAGCAUCUCUGUGACCAUCGCUGCCUUUAAAAGCAAGUGUUGGACAAGGUCAAAUGAGAUUGUGUUUUUCUUGCCUUCAGAUUUUGCUCAAGAUAGUGAACUAUCUAUAGCAGAUGAAAAUGCUGUAUUACAAUUUGAGCUUGAAGAAGAGUCUUCCAGUGAUUCAAUUGCAAACAUACAACCUGUUUUCUUUGGAGGCUAUACUUUCUACAAGUUAAGACUUUCAAGAAAUCCAUUAGCCUUCCAACAGUCAGGGAAGAAAAGCAACAACAAUUAUUAUGUACCUUCCAUAACUUUGGUCAAUGAACAACAAAAAAGCAACCUGUCAUCUUCAAAACCUUAUGAGACAGUAACUGGGGUAAAAUCUACACCCUCAGGGAGUAAUAGGAAAUCUAAAGAAGUUAAUGAUGAAGACCUAAAACUUGAUAUUGGACAGCCUCCAAAAACGCAAGCCCAAUUAUCACAGGAUCAAUCCUUGCCACACCAAGAUGGUGCACAUGUAGAAUAUCAAGACAUCCAGUCAGAAGUAAUGUUACUUACCCAAGGCUGGAAACAUGAAGCUGAACUCCACAGCAAAAAGUACUCAAAAUGGAAUGCCUUACAUGAUAAAGACAAAGACAAAUAUGUUCAAGUAGAACUAGACAAAAAGCAGCCCUCAGAUGAGCAAGCUCCAUAUUAUGUGGUUCAAAGCGACCAGUCCCUAAAGGAGCAACCUCCCCGUGGGGAGGGUGAAGAGGAGCCCGAGAUCUAUGAAGUACAACCUCCCAAACAAGAGCAACAGCAGACUCAAGAGGACAGAUAUGAAAACUGGCCAGCCCCAGAAGAGCCAGCAGAGAAACAGGAACCUCCAAAGCAGCCAGACCCAGAAGGGCAAGCUCCAGACAAUAAAGUGCAAGAUUUGCAACAGUACCAAAACUGGAUGGCUGAAAGCUGGAAAAACACAGACUGGAGAGCACAAGAAUUGCAACUCAAAAUGCAGCAGUCCCUAAACGUGGGAACCGAAGCCUGGCAAGCCGAAGCCCUGUUGGAGAAGGAGCUCCUCCAGCAGAAAGCUCUGUUCGAAGAAGCUGAAGAUUCAGAACGCAACGGGCAGCACAUUUCUCUCUGCUCAUCUUCAUACAAAGAUGAUUUGCCGUUGACGUCUACCUCCUGCUAUCCAAAAGAGCAUUCUGAAGACUCUGACUAA